AUGGCAGAUGCGCCUGAGCCCUCGACGGAGCUGGUCUCGGCGCCGGAGCGGAAACCCCGCGUGCCUCGCCUUGCCACAAGGAGGGAACACUACCAGGCGGCUUCCACAUCGGAGAGCUGGCAGCUGGCCAAGGUGGAUGGACGACCGAGGCCGCGGCCUAUCUCGCCCUCCACGCUGCGAGAGGCGGCCUACACCAAGGAGACGCUUGGUUGCGGCAUCUACCGCCUGGGCAUCUCUGAGGAGAUUGCCGAGCGAGAUGCCGAGAUCGCGGCCUUCGCCCUGCAUCGCAUGGACUGCCAGCGGAUGGCGGGCUGUCGGGAGCGCCAGAAAGCGGCGCGCUGGCGGCGGCGGAAGGAGGAGAAGGAGCCGCUGUACCAGGUGCGCUGGCUCUUGUUGCCGCACGUAGAGCAGCGGCCGCCCACGCCGUUCGCAGAGGAGGAGCCUCCAGAGCCCACGGAGCCCAUGGAGGUGGACCCGGACCUCCCGCCCUCGAGGCCGCCCACGCCGGAGGGCUGGUCUCGGUCGCUGGAAAAGGAGCCCACUUCAGAGGGCAGUGGCAAGCGCACGCCGUUGGGAGAUCGCGUGAUGAAACGCCUGGUCACGAGGUCACACAACCUGGGCGAGGAGCGGAACUGGCGGCUGACGCUCAUGCGGAAGCGCACUCAGCGUGAGAAGGCCCGCAAAGUCGGCACUGUGCACGCCAUCCCUGAUUCUGACGAGGUGAACGUGGCAGAAAUCCUGUUCAACAUCAAGCCCAAGGAAGUGCAAGCGUACCAGGCGAUGCUGCGCCAGAUCUGCCGGGGCGACAGCAAGAUCGACCAGGCAGAUCUCCAGGCCGUGCUCGGGGAGAUGGGCUUCCGACCCAGGACCACGCCGGAGCGUGCGGUCGUGCGGCAGCUUCUGUCGGAGGUGGACAGCUUGGAGGUGGACUUCGACUUCCUGGUGCAGCGCAUCAUUCCGCAGCUCCGCGUGCAGCUGGCGGAGCUCCGGAGGCCGGGCCUGAUGCAGCUCUGGACGGAGGCAGAGGACCGGAGUGGCGUGCUGUCGGUAGAGGAGCUGCUGGCAGUGAUGCAGCGAAGCGGCUUCUUCCCCGGCACGCAGGAGGUGGUGGACGCAGUGCUGGAGGUGGUGCCUGGCGCGAGGAACUUCGAGAACAUGGAAGGGAAGCUAUUGCUGGACCGAAUCUCUGUGACCCUGCCCAACUUUCGGAUCCUCGCGCCGCUGAUCCAGGAGCGUGCAGAGUGCCGGCAGCGUCGAAUGGGCCUGGAGAUCGCCGAGGAGCUUGGCCUGGAUGAAGAUGCGAGGUAUCUCUGGCAGGACAACCUGGUGGACCUCAGGGAGGCCUUUGAGCAGCACAGCGAGGAGCAGCUCCUCGAGGCGAGCCGCCUGCCACUGGUCUUCCGCGACACGGAGCUCUUGCCAAAGCGGCGGCCCAUGCAGCAGAUGUUGCGACUCAUGGUGGAGGCGCGGUCCAACGGAGCCAUCGAACUGAACGCUUCGGCGUAG